AUGUGGUUCUGUCCACUGGACGGGACCCUCCUGCAGGUACAGAUUCGGUCCGGUGCCGUACCUGCCGAAAACAGCUUCUUCUACUGUUCCACCUGCCCUUACAGUUGCUCAAUUGACGCGCCACGCACGGUCAAGACCCCCACCAAACGCAAAGUCGUCGACGACAUUCUCGGGGGCGCGGCGGCCUGGGAAAACGUCGAUCGGACCAUGGCCGUCUGUCCCGCCUGUAAUCACAACGAGGCCUACUUUAUGCAAAUGCAAAUUCGAUCCGCGGAUGAACCCAUGAGUAUCUUCUACAAAUGUGUACAGUGUAGUCACCAGUGGAAUGAUAAAUAA